CUCAGAGCGCCUGAGGGGUCCCGCGGUGCGGGGGUUCGCGGCACCGGCGCCGCCGCUCGGGGGGGCCGUGGGGGCUCCAAGGUGACACCGGUGGGAGAGGGCACCGCUCCCUCGCCCCCUCCCCUGGCUGAGGCUGAGGGGGAGACGGGCGGCCCGAGGCUUCCAGCCGGUGGUGCAGGAGCUGGAGGUGGGAUGGAGGUAGUGGCGUAAGGACCCCGCGCCUGCACCGCCACAAUUAGGGAGGAAAGAGGCUGGAAUCGCUGGUGGUGUGCGCCUGUUGCUGCUCCCCAUGGCAGCUGCGGACCCCCAGGUCCUGGCCUUGGCUGCUCAGGUCACUGAGAGCGGGGAACAGGACAUCCCCCUGCUGCUGCUGAAGUUAAAGGGAGUUUUAAGUAGCCCUUCCUUGGGAUGUGAAGAAUCAAAAAAAAUUAAGCAAGAUAUAUAUGAUUAUGGUCUUACUCAGUACUGCUUGCUGGUCCUUAGGCAAGACCACUCUCGACUGCGGGGAGGCUGGGCCACUGCUGCCCAGCUAGCAGAGAUACUAAGUCAUUGUUGUGUAGGACUAGAGAUGAAAGAAGAUCUUGAGGAAUUUUACAAGAAGUUUCUUCCUUCAGCUAUAGACAACCUGCUGGUCUUGGGAAAACGCUUGCAAGCGCGAUUUAUCCGAGCAAUCAAGGAUAAAGAAAAACAAGAUUUUUUACACUGGUUCCAAACAGUAACCAAUGCCAUCUGCUGGCUGUUCGGUGGGCAUAUUCAACUAGCAGCAUGUGUACUGCAAAAUGAUUGCUUCCUGCAGUUGUUAAUAACAGAUGAUGUUGAAACAGCAAUUAUAAUGAUGUCUGUUUUACACAAUAUUUUGAGGAUCAAUAGUUCUGUCUUCCUUCAAGCUGAUAAAGCGACCCUUCACUCUAUUUUGGAUGAACUUGUUUAUAAGCUUUCAUCUACCACCAAUCCUGCUGUUGGAAGUGCUGCCACAAAACUGCUGUUGGAGGUGGCCAAACUGAGCAAACAGCUUGUGCAGUUACUCACAGCUCGCUACAAAGGAUUAAAAGGGCUUUUAAAUAAACAGUGGACUGGCAAAGGAUUUGACAGGGAGCUCAAUCAGCUCUUGGACAUGCUGUAUUUGGAACAAUCCAGUGGAAAAGGAGAAAUGCAGACUGUUUCAUUUCAGAAGCAGCAUCAAGCAGCAUGUAUAAUCCAGGCUACGUGGAGGGGAUUUCAGACAAGGAGAAGGCUGAAAAAGCUACCCCAAGCAGUGACCACAUUACAGAGAAGCUUCAGAGCCAAACGGGAACAGGAGCUGCAACACUUAGCAAAACAGAAGGAAGAUGAGGCUCUGAAACUGCAAAUGCAACUUCAGAGACAGAGAGCCAUGAGACUCUUCCAUGAACGACAGCUGGCCUUACUGGAAAGAGUCCAUGCCAGUCAGGUAAAUAAAUACAUGGAGGAAAUGGAGGAUAAAUCAGCAUUAACUAUCCAGAGAUUCUGGCGAGGGUAUAGAGCAAGAAGAAUUUUUCAUCAACAGAAACAAUCUCUUAAGGAGUAUAAAGCAGCUGUCAUCAUUCAGAGAACAGCUUGUAAAUUCUUGGAAAAACGAAGAAAGAGGAGACCUCUCUCUCCUUGGAAAGAACCCAAGGGACUGACUGAUGAGCAGAGACUAGCUUUGCAGCAGAAGGUGGAUGACUACAUCAAAUUGCAUCCGGCUUCCCAAAUGUCAGAAGAAAUGAGUAAAGAAUUACAUAUGCAGGCUCAGGAAAAGCUGGCACAGUUCCUGUUGAGGAGCAGGCUGGAUCAGAGAGCAGCACAGAGGAGAGAGACAUUACUGGCUCAGGUCAACACUGAUGUGGAGCUGCUAAUGAAUGCUCCAGGGUUAGCAGAGACCACAGAAAAAGACAUUGGUGUCUUCGUGAGUCGAUCAGUCCCUGUAGCUACCAAGGCAAGACAAUCCCACAACACUAUGCUGAAACACACUCGCUGGCCAUGGUGGAAAAAGCUUGGAGAUGACUUUAUGGAGGAUGAUGUAAUUCCUGAUGAGGCCCUAAAUACAGAACUGGAAACUCUUUUUAUUGGUGGAAGAAAAUCUUUAUAGGUAACAAGCAGAAGAAUUCUGUAUUCAACCAGACUCAUACCUUGUACUAUGCGCUUACUUUUGUGUGUUUUUAAGGAAGGAAAACAUUUGAAAAAGACUGAAAAAUACCAAAACCUCAUUUUAGUGCAUUUUAUUUAUCUUGGAAAGAAUUCCUUCCUGUACAUCAACAGUUGGAUCCUAUUGAUCUUGUUGCAAAUAGGAUUUAAAUACUGUAGUUGUAAAUGUAGUUGUAAAUAUUUUGUACUUUGUAUCACUUUAAAGGUAAGUUUAUAAACUGUCUUUUCAGUUCUUAUUCACACUGGGAUGCAUAAAAAGUCAGGACAUUGUAAAAGCCUGGGCUUUUAUAGCAAAACAUUUUUAUCAAGUGAUGUGCUUUGAAAUAAAGAUGGGUU